ACUUGCGUAUAGCGUUCUGGAGUGAGAAUCCCAACAGUAUGCUGACGAGGAUCCGCACGGCGAGCGGACAAGCAACAAGCUCAAGCUGCACGCCCAAGCUUCCCCGCAAUCCGCCCCGCAUCAAGCUUUGCCGGACCUGGCUGCUGAUUCUCGACGCUGGCCAACUCGAGUCUAGCCCGGUCUAACUCGCUUUUGCCUUCCUUUCCAUCACCAGCUGACAAAGGUGCUAAAAGUCCUUGAUUGUACUCGUACAGAGCAUCCAAGUAGUUGAAGCCCUCGUCUUGCCUAUCGCCAUGUCUUCAGGCCUCUCGUCAACACCGAUUGCGAUUGCAGUGUCUGCGACCGAAAAGAGUAAUGGGCAUUUGGGUCAGCGUAAUCUUGAGAUUGCUACACGUGCGCUGGUUCGUGAUGGGCUGGUCGUACUUGAGGACAUGAUUGACGAUGCUGUGCUCGAUCGACUCAACGAGAAGAUGGUCAAAGACGCAUACGAGCUGCAGAGCCGCAAGGAUAGCCCAUACAACUACAAUAAAGGCAACAUCCAGCAAGACCCGCCUCUGACGUCGGAGUACUUUGAGGACUCCAUCUACAUCAACCCCAUCGUGACACAAGUAACGUCAACCACACUCGGCCCACACCCCUCUCUCCGCUUCGUCUCCGGAAACACUGCCCUGCCGCCUACCCCAGACUCGCCCCCAACAUCUCAGCCCACCCAUACCGACGCCGACUUUGACCACCCUCACAUUCCCUUUGCGCUUGUAAUCAACGUGCCACUCGUAGCUAUGGCGCCCGAGAACGGCAGCACGGAGGUCUGGCUCGGCACACACAGCACUACCACCAUCGCGGACCAGGAAGGCGAGCACGGCGACAGAGCCAGUGGGCGCAUCAAGAAGAAUCUGCUUGAGAAGCGGCGGGGAGAGAGGGGACCCAGCCAGCCAGUGGUGAAAAAGGGGAGUGUGGUCAUCAGAGACCUGAGAUUGUGGCAUGGCGGGAAGCCGAAUCUGGGCCACGCACCAAGGGUCAUGCUUGCCAUGAUCCACUUCGCGCCCUGGUACCGGAAUCAGAUGGAGGUUGAGUUUGCCGAGGGCCUACGCGGCCGAUUGAGCAGGGCGAAGACUGGUCUUGACAUUGCAGCCACAUUCGCCGCGGAAGAGGAGGUGAUGAGCAACUACCUCAACAGACCCUAUGGUAAUGCAUACGACUUCAACCAAGUCGACAGGAUUGAAGACGUGUUCUGAUGGAUCAGUCAUCAUCCAGUACCCUCGGUUUGUCACGCUGGCUGUGUAUUCGCUGGUGUCGAUUGCCACUUCGGGCUUAGUGUGAUUAUACUCCAGCAUCCCUACACCGUUACAGAAACCAUAGCCUGUCAACCACGAAAACGACAUCCUCAAUUGCAGCAACUCCAGUCAAUACAACCAACCAGUAGCACCCGCUAGUCUCGCUGUUUUCAAGCUUUCUCGGCGUCGCCUAGCCAUUGGUGCCAACCCUUUUGUAUAAUGCUCAGUCAGCACCCUUCUGCACGUCAGCA